AUGCUCACUGCAUCUGCAUCUUACACAUCUUCUGGUUUUCUUUCAGUGGAUGGCUGCAUUGACUGGUCAGUGGAUCUCAAGACAUACAUGGCUUUAGUGGGUGAACCAGUCCGAGUGAAAUGUGCCCUUUUCUACAGUUAUAUUCGCACCAACUAUAGCAUGGCCCAGAGCACUGGGCUCAGGCUUAUGUGGUACAAAAACAAAGGUGAUUUGGAAGAGCCCAUCAUUUUUUCCGAAGUCAGGAUGAGUAAAGAGGAAGAUUCAAUAUGGUUUCACUCAGCGGAAGCACAAGACAGUGGAUUCUAUACUUGUGUUUUAAGGAACUCCACAUAUUGCAUGAAAGUGUCAAUGUCCUUGACUGUUGCAGAGAAUGAAUCAGGCCUGUGCUACAAUAGCAGGAUCCGCUAUUUAGAAAAAUCUGAAGUCACAAAAAGAAAGGAGAUCUCCUGCCCAGACAUGGAUGACUUUAAAAAGUCCGAUCAAGAGCCCGACGUUGUAUGGUACAAGGAAUGCAAGCCAAAAAUGUGGAGAAGCAUAAUCAUACAGAAAGGAAAUGCUCUCCUUAUUCAGGAAGUUCAGGAAGAAGAUGGAGGAAAUUAUACAUGUGAACUUAAAUAUGAAGGAAAACUUGUAAGGCGAACAACUGAAUUAAAAGUUACAGCUUUACUCACAGACAAGCCUCCGAAGCCAUUGUUCCCCAUGGAGAAUCAUCCGAGUGUUAUUGAUGUCCAGCUGGGUAAGCCUCUGAACAUCCCUUGCAAAGCAUUCUUCGGAUUCAGUGGAGAGUCUGGGCCAAUGAUCUACUGGAUGAAAGGGGAGAAAUUUAUUGAAGAACUGGCAGGUCACAUUAGAGAAGGUGAAAUAAGGCUCCUCAAAGAGCAUCUUGGAGAAAAAGAAGUUGAGUUGACGCUCAUCUUUGAUUCAGUGGUGGAAGCUGACCUGGCGAAUUAUACCUGCCAUGUAGAAAACCGAAAUGGACGGAAACAUGCCAGCGUUCUGCUGCGUAAAAAGGAUUUAAUCUACAAAAUUGAGCUUGCCGGGGGCCUGGGAGCUAUAUUCCUCCUCCUUAUACUGCUAGUAGUCAUCUACAAAUGCUACCAUAUUGAAUUGAUGCUCUUCUACCGACAGCGUUUUGGAAGUGAUGAAACUGCUGAUGACAACAAGGAGUAUGACGCCUAUCUCUCUUACACAAAAGUGGACCAAGAUACUUUAGACUGUGACAAUCCUGAAGAAGAGCAGUUUGCUCUUGAAAUACUGCCAGACGUCCUAGAAAAACACUAUGGAUAUAAACUCUUCAUCCCAGAAAGGGACCUGAUUCCAAGUGGAACAUACGUUGAAGAUCUCACAAGAUGCAUUGAGCAAAGCAGAAGACUUAUUAUCGUGCUCACUCCAGACUAUAUUCUCAGACGGGGAUGGAGUAUUUUCGAACUGGAAAGCAGACUCCAUAACAUGCUAGUCAGUGGAGAAAUCAAAGUGAUUGUGAUUGAGUGUACACAAUUAAAAGGCAAGGUGAAUUGCCAGGAAGUGGAAUCAUUAAAGCGCAGCAUCAAACUUCUGUCCCUGAUCAAGUGGAAGGGACCCAAAAGCAGCAAAUUAAAUUCUAAGUUUUGGAAGCACUUAGUAUAUGAAAUGCCCAUCAAGAAAAAAGAAAUGCUAUCUCGGUGCCAUGUUCUGGACUCUGCGGAACAAGGCCUUUUUGGAGAACUUCAGCCUAUCCCCUCUAUUGCCAUGACCAGUACCUCGGCCACUCUGGCGUCAUCUCAAGCUGACCUCCCGGAUUUCCACCACUCAGAUUCAAUGCCAAUGAAGCACUGUUGCAGAGGGUAUAAGCACGAGAUGCCAACCACCAAUUUGCCAGUACCUUCCUUAGGCAACCAUCACACUUACUGUAACCUGCCUCUGACACUACUCAACGGGCAGCUGCCCCUUAAUAACACCCUGAAAGAUACCAAGGAAUUUCACAGGAACAGUUCUCUGCUACCUUUAUCAUCCAAAGAGCUUAGCUUCACCAGUGAUAUUUGGUAGUGAAAAAAUUGGAAUUUCUCUGAACAGCUAUCUGAGCAUACAGAAUUUCUGCUAUACCAACCAUACAUAAAGUACACCUAGGAGAAAAUGAGGUGCUGGAAAAGGGCACAGAAGAAAAAGGCACUUGAAGAAAAAGGCACAGAAAUUGCUUUUGUACUUAAAUAUUUUUGUUUACCUUUCCAGAACCGUGGGGGGAAAGAAAGACCUGCUUUUGUAGUAUGGCACCUUGUUCCAAUGUACAGUUUUGAUUUCUUCCUGAAAACCAAAAUUUUCAAAUCCUAUUGUUUUAGAGUAGCUUUUAGGAGACCACAUAUACUGCAAGCGUAGGAGGUGAGCUCUAGUCCCCAUAUUUAUGAAUAUUUCAGUAUUUAUAUGGUAUCUGAAAUAAGGAAAACUUAAAGACUUUAAUAGUAUGUGAAAAUUCUGAACUAACUUUAAGGGGGAAAGAGAAUUUCCGUAUAUAGUUCAGAAAAAUUAGGGAAUUAUCAAGAAAUGUUAAGGCACUCCAGUUGGAAGAUUGGAGAGGAAGAUUGGUUGAGAAAAAAAAAAAUGUGGUUGAAACAUUUAGAGCUUCCUUAACAUAAUGGACAACUUCUGUAGACUAAAUCAACAGCUCAUAAUAAAUAGCUUUUAGUUUUAUUAGGCAAGCACAUCUCUUGUAGGCAAACUGGUAGGUAGAUAAACAAUGUUCAUUUCUUAAGCAAAUGAAUAGGUAGGCUGUGAGCUCUUUCAGGAUGAUUUUGAACAAUGCUUGUGGCUUUCUGUCAUUUCAAAAGUUUUAUAACUUUGAAAACACAUUUGGAAGUGUACAUUUUAUUGUUUGCUAACAAAUUCACAUUUGUAUUUUUGACCAAACGAUCUCUUGACCUGCUGAGAGUAAGAUGCAGACAUCUUUCUGCUUUUGUUUCGACAUCAUUGGAGUUUGAAUUUAAAUACAUAUUGACUGCAAGUGUCAGCAAUUGGAAAGCAGUAAUACAAUAAUAUUCACAGAUGAAGUGCUAAAUGCUUCAAGUUUACUAGCAGUAGAGCAGCAAUUGCAGAGAUUCUCAUCUGUAAUGAAGCUGUGAAACAGACUAUUCUGUACAUACACAGUGUCUGCCUGGUCAUGUGUUCAGGGUCCUACAGGAAUAUCUCUAUUCCCAGUACUUCAAAGAGUAUAUUGGAUGGACUGAACUUCUCCACCCUCUCGUAGUGACUGUCCCAUACCAGAAAAUCCCUGUGAAUACGAUAUUGCUGAUGUGCUAUAAGGAAUGUGCCCUUCUCCUAGUAUUUAUUGUGGAUUACUGUUUGUGUUCUUUCUAAUUAGUCAAAUUAGGUGUGCUCUCAGCCUAGAUGCCUGUGGGUAUCCAUUGUUAUCGAGGUUGAUUCUGAUAUUUUGCAAAUGGUUCUUUCAAUCAUGUUCUUAGACAAAUAGAAACAAAGACAAACGUACACAGUGUGUAAAAAUUAAGAAUUUGCCCAGCUCCUGUAAUCGUGAAGCCCAAAUGUAUAAGAGAACAUUAGAUAAGAUGCUUUAUUUCGUUAAACAUCUUGUCACUAUUGAUUCUUUGUGAUCCGUGAGUUUUGUUCCAAGUACUUGUUUCUCAGUUGCUUUUCUUAGUCCAGCCAUUCAGAAAAUGCAUUAUGCACCAGCAGUACAUGAAAGCUUAGCAGUGCUCCAUGUUCAUUUCACCGUGGGACAAUCAGUUGCUCCUUUGAGAAAUCCUGUUCAACACAUGUUGGUGUUUCAUAGAUGUCUUUUUUCCACUGAGAAAGGUGAUUUCGUUCUGUAAAAAGUCUAAGUAUUUCAAAAUGGAAAUUGAUCAAUUCUGAAGUGUUUUUCAAGUGUUACAAAAUUGUAUUUACUCUGGUUGUUCUUUAAUGCUAUGUGUAAUUACUAAAUGAAUAAUCUGCAUGAACUGAGUAGUCUGUGUUUAAGUGACCAAUUGUACUUUUUAUUAUUUUAUUUUUCACAGAAAUCUAGAUUAAUUCAAAUAGAAUGUUCAGUGGUAUUUUUAAACUAAUAGUUCUGUAUUGAGCAUGCCAGUUCUGAAAAUAUAACGUGGGUCUCUCUGCUUCCUUUAUUUACAAUGAUUAAA